CCUCCAUCACGCUGCCCUGGACACUUUAAUCCGAACAGGGUGAAAGGCACGCGGCCAUCUGCGACGAUGAUUGGCGGGAUUGGGAUUUGUCAACCCGGUGGAGGACACGAGGUGGGAAAUUAGGAUUUAAAAACGAUACCCAGACGGCCGCGCGCAGGUUUUCCCCUCGUGAUCCUUGACACGGCGGGGACGGUGACACUGACUCGGCCAUUGUCUCCUCUCUGUUUCCGGACACAGCGAGCCUCCGCUGGGUGCCCCUCGCUGUCCAUUGUGAUUGUAGAGAAGAGAAGUCUGGAGAAAAAAGGGCCCAUUCAGCAUAAUUUCUCAUUGCCAACCCCCGAUUUUGCAAACCCACGAACCGGAGGGAAGUAUCAGCACCAUCGCUGUCACCCAAGCCUGUCUCCUCACCUCUAAACCACUUAUCCCUAUCACUCUCCCUCACCCCCUUUCCUCUCUCCAGCCCCCCCCCCAAGCUUCAGCCUGAGCCUCUGUCCCAUCGGAGUCCCCAGAUGACAGCUCAGAAACAUCCGUUACCCUCCCGCUCCACACAAGCCUUCUUCUUUCCUCUCCCUCCAGCCCCUGUGGCGGCGCUUGGCACCAACGGCCAUCACAUAGACAGAUGGAGCCAACCCUGACCCCUCUCCUGGCCCGCGGGGACGCCAAGAGAAUCAACGCCUGACUAGUAGGACAGGGGGGGGGAGACAGGAAGAAGAGAGGAAGAGCCACGGCAACACAUCGCCCAGUCUCCCGUGGACUUCCCUUCAGCUCAACCCUUCGCAGCAGGAAUUUAAAAAGCACCCCCAAAUUGUGGCCUGACAUAUUGUUCGUUUGAUUAUUUGGCCCGAGACAACAACCGGCUCCAUGUUCGUGUGGACGGAAGAUGUAAACAUUGGCGACAUCCUAAAUAUAGCAACGGUGAUUUCAAAGAAACAGGAAACCACAAGAAGACAGCUCCCAAAAUAAAAAAGAAGCCCACCACUCCUCAGUCGAAGUUGUUUUUCAAGUUUCACACUUUUCUUUUCCAUAUGACAAUUUUUUCUGCUUCCCACACUUGGAAUAAAGCAGAAGAAGCAAUUCCAUGAGAGCAAUGAGGAGAUGCACGUGGGACUCCAAUUAGAGCGUCCUUGGGGUGCUCAUGCAUACCUUUGCUUACUCGUCACCACCAUUGACUUUGUGUCAAGGCGUUUUCAGUUUCCAUAAGCAAGAUUCUGGAUGUUGUUGCCGACUUCUAAGCGUGUUCUGCUGACCGGCAUUAGUAUAUGAUGCCAUACAAUACACUUUUUUUCUUCAAAGAACCACGCAUCAGCAAUACAAUGAGACACUAAAAGGCCAGUGGAAGGAUUUCAGCAGGCCGACAUAACAGAAGGGGGAAUACCGGAGUCCCAAUGCUUCCCAGGUGACUGCUGCCGGCCUGCGAAGAAAAAAAAACAGACUGGAAAUUCCGCGGAUGAUUGGAUUCUCUGGACUUUGGAUGUCGAAGCUGUCGGGAGGAUCCGGAUCCACUUCUGGAUCCAUUUAGUGUGCCAGCUGUACGGAUUUCCAUUCACACAGGACCAAGAGACCUAAACUGAUGUUGUGGAACCUUUGAAUACAGACAAGGACUGAUACCCCCCCAAAAAGUACAAUACACUACAUAUGCCACCAACUCCGUCCACCGUUGUCAGGGUACAACACAGGAUUGUAAAACUUGUGUGAUUUGGUUCCUGGCACAUUCGUGGUGGCUGUUAGUGGGCGACAUAAGAACUGACAGGACUGUUCUGGGGUGAUCCUCUCUUCUCCCUGGUGGCUGUUGUUGGACGACAUAAGAACUGAAAGGAUUGUUCUGGGGUGAUCCUCUCUUCUCCCUGGUGGCUGUUGUUGGACGACAUAAGAACUGACAGGAUUGUUCUGGGGUGAUCCUCUCUUCUUUGUGGUGGCUGUUGUUGGACGACAUAAGAACUGACAGGAUUGUUCUGGGGUGAUCCUCUCUUCUCCCUGGUGGCUGUUGUUGGACGACAUAAGAACUGACAGCAUUGUUCUGGGGUGAUCCUCUCUUCUCCGUGGUGGUUCUGGCGACCUCAUUCGGCAGGCCGGUAGUGGCAUCAGGAUGCCCGAACUGGAAAACGUCGCUCCCUUGAGGAGUCCUUGGGGCUCCGAGCCGGCGGACCCGCGACGCAUUCAGCACAGCAUCCUGGAGGAACACGUGGAGCUGUGGUGGUUCAGAGAUCCCGGGAAGUCUCUGCUCUGCUACUGCGUGGCCGUGCUCCUGAUCCUGGGCUGCGGACUGGGCGGGGUCGGCCUUCUCUCCACCACCACCAGCGUCUCGAGCGAAUGGCGGCUGGGCGUAGGGACCACCCUCUGCCUGCUGGCCUUGGGGGUCCUGCUCAAACAACUGCUCAGCUCGGCCGUGCAGGACAUGAAUUGCGUUCGCAGCCGGCGGCAGAUCAACGUGUUGAAAAGCGGCGGUUUAUCCGACCUGCUCGUGGUUUUGAUCACGGGGUUGUCGCUGGUGAUUUGCGGAGGGGUUCUGCUCCGCCUGGCGCUGGCCAACCACAUGCCGAAGCCCGGCCAAGCCCUCAAUGACAUGUAUAUUUCUGGAGUGGUUUUGCUCGCCGGAGGCGGGGCCGCGGUCGCGGGUGUCGGGAUAUACUCCGUCGUGGUCGUCCUGCUCGAGAGGACGAGGCACGGGCGAAGGUUGAUGGACCGGGUUUUGAGCAUCUUCACCGUUUCUGGACACAUGGACCGGCAGGCUCGCCGAGAGACGAACUCCAGCCUGGCUAAUCUCAUAUGAGACGUGACCACAUGAAGACUGCGAGAACAUUUAAGACUCAACUGAAUCAUAUUACAAGAAUAACGAUAAAAAACAAGAUUCAAACCAUUCAUGCUUCAGCUUUGUGAGAAAAUUAUCUGAUUUUGAAAUGUUUUCUUGUCUCACAGCCAGGGUGAAAGGAGGUUGAACAGUGAACAUGGCUGUGAGGAAAAUGUCCCAAUUUACUUUUCAUUUAUUAUUAUCGGUUAUUAAUUCCUGACGCUGCGGCAUUUAUUUUCCACACGAAUGGCCUUUUAUUCAAGUUCUGUAACUCUUAUUAUUAUUAGGCUAAUGUAUCUUGCCAUUCACAUUAGACACAUGCUAACUUGUUUGUUGCCUGUGAAAAAUAAGUUUGGAAGAAGUUCAUACUCAAGUGGUAUUUAAGGAUAUUCAGAAUUGAAAAGCAAAUAUCGUUAUCGGAUUGGUGCAGCAACAGAAAGGCCUGUGGUGUGAGCAGAGCAUCCAAUAAAAUGGUCAUUUGGUUUAUGUAAAGCUCUUCUACACAUUGGUGUUCAUACCACAGAAGAAGAGACGGAAACACAAGUUCAACACGAGAGAACGAGUCGAGGGAUCAUCUUCAUAUUGGACUGUCACACAUUUAUGAUCUGUUAUUAAUACACACAGAGAAAUGAAGGUGGCAUCUGGAACAAAAAAUCGUUCUUCAGAGAGAUGCCAUAGAUAGAAGAACCAUUUCUGGUUCCACAAAGAACCUUUCAAACCAGGGUUCUUUAAAGAACCAUUUCCUUAAAUAGUUCUCCAAAGAACCUAUAAAGGUGUCUCAAAGAACCUUCAAAAAAUGGUUCUUCAAGGAACCGUUUCUGGUUCCACAAAGAACCUUUCAAACCAUGGUUAGAACCAUUUGCUUAAGGAGUUCUUCAAAGAACCUAUAAAGAUGUCUCAAAGAACCUUUAAAAAAGUAUUCUUUAAGGCACCUUUUCUGGUUCCACAAAGAGCCUUUCAAACCAGGGUUCUUUAAAGAACCAUUUCCUUAAAGAGUUCUUCAAAGAACCUAUAAAGAUGACUCAAAGAACCUUAAAAAAUGGUUCUUUAAGGCACCUUUUCUGGUUCCACAAAGAACCUUUCAAACCAGGGUUCUUUAAAGAACCAUUUCCUUAAAUAACCUAUAAUGGUGCCUCAAACGAAAGAGUGGUUCUUCAGGAGGUGAUGGUUCUUCGUAGAACCACAAAGCCUUUUAAAGAACCAUUUAAGAACCGUUAUUUUUCUGUGUGUCGUCGUUGUCAGGUAGAACAGCUUCAAGGCUGCAGAAUGAGUGAAUGAGUGAUAGAUGAGACAACUUCAAUAAAUAUUAAAAUGAUAA